UUUUUCUUGUGAGUUGUUCGCAGUGUUGCGGGAAGGAGUGGAGGCGGUGGCGUCCUGAGCCAAAGGCUGGAUUUUUCUUAAAAUAUAUCUCAAUCUUGACAGUCGCGGCUGGAAUUUGAGGAGUGUUGCAGAGGGCCAGCAGUAGCCGAGGGGAUGAGCCUGCACGGUUCUCAGACGAUGCUAAAUCGCCGCUCGGUGUCCGAACGCCACCACGGUUUCCGUUCGUUCGGUGAUUAUUCCACCCGCAGCGACGGAGGGGGCGAUGUCUUUCUGCCUCCGAACCACCUGCAGGGCGGAGGUGACCUCCACCUGUCCAGGCAACAUCCGUACGGUCUGGGCUCGGGGGUUGGUGCUGGUGAUCUGCUGGGGACCACCAGCACCACCACCUACGGCCGAGUAAUAUCUUCCUCCCGGAACCCCCGCAUCUCAGAGGCCAGAAACCACGACAUUUUCGAGACUACUCAGUACUCCAGUAAAAUUGACUCACUUAAAAGACAGCAUAACAGGAUCCAAAUGAUGACAGAUGGCUGUGCGGACAAUCUUCAUCGGGCAGAGAUACUGCUGCAAGAGGAUUUAGAUGCUUUUGAAGCUGGGCUGCAAGGAACACACAGAGGAGAAAUUGAUGAGUUGUUGAGAGUGGCUGGUGAGCAACUCAGUGUAAUUGAAAACUACGCUAAUGAUUUAAAACGUAAUGGGAUACCUUACGAAUCAAUCCAAAAAAGUGUGAAUUACCAUCGUGGUCAAAUGCGUGCUAUUUCAAAAGCAAUCACUGAGCGAAUCAUUCACCGUACCAGGACAUUAACACCCCAGAGACCCAGAAAAUCCUGGGAUGAAGGGCUCUCAAGAUCAACUAAAGAGCUGUUCAGUUGGCUACAUCAGCAGAGGAGUUUGAUGGAUGUGCAAGAUUGGGGAGUAGAUGCAGCCUCAGUAGAACGUCAGAUAAAUGAGCAAAGGAAUUACCAUAGGAACCUAGAAGACUUUCGCUGGAAAAUCGAUAAAGCUAGAAUGGAACAGCAAGGCAACUUGUCUGAAAGCAGCAUGGAACACAUACAAGCUUUGCAGAGUGAAUAUGACAGUAUGGUGAAAGCUUCCGCGGAGAGACUCGAACAACUGAGAAAGCUCCAGAAUAUCAUUUCAGCAACUUCAAAUGAAAUAAUGUGGAUCAAUGACCGUGAAGAGGAAGAGCUUGUUCAUGACUGGAGUGAUAAGAACACAAAAAUUGCUGAAAAGCAAGAAGCUUUCUCUAUGAUGAUGAGCCAGUUGGAAGAAAAAGAAAAGCAGUUAAACAGACUCAAACAAGAUGGUGACCAGCUAAUAGCAAAUAAUCAUCCCGCAGCUGACAAGAUUGAGGCCUACAUUGAUACUCUACAGACACAGUGGAGUUGGAUUCUCCAGCUUACAAAGUGCAUUGAAGUUCAUCUCAAAGAAAACUCCAAUUAUUUCCAGUUUUUUGAAGAUGCUCAAGCAACUGAAAAUUCAUUGAAGAAAAUGCAGGAUUCCCUAAGAAAGAAAUUUGGUUGUGAUAGGUCGACGUCACUGCCACAGUUGGAAAAGAUGAUUGCAGAAUCCGAGAAGGAUAAAGAGAAAAUCCAGGGGUAUAAAAGACAGGUAUCAAACUUGGUAAACAAGUCCAAGAAAAUAGUGCACUUGAAGCCACGCAAUCCCUCGAUUAGUGCUGACCAACGAUCUUCAAACCAAAUCAUUCUCAAGGCUCUUUGUGACUACAAACAGGAUCAGAGGGUCGUUCAUCGGGGAGAUGAAUGCAUUUUAUUGGACAACAGCCAGCGCAGCAAGUGGAGGGUGAUAGGACCUGGGGGGAUGGAAAUGAUGGUUCCGUCAGUUUGCCUUCUCAUCCCACCUCCAAAUUCUGGUGCAAUUGACCUUGCAAACAAAAUUGAUCAGUAUUACGAGGCUAUCCUUGCUCUGUGGAAUCAAUUGUACAUUAACCUGAAGAGCUUGGUGUCUUGGCAAUACUGCAUGAUGGACGUUGAAAAGAUACGCAGCUGGACCAUAUCAGUGUUACGGACAAUGUCUCAUGAGGAUUAUGAGUUUGUCAUUAAAAAUCUGGAAAAGAACUUUCAAACUUUCCAGAUGUACAGCAAGGAUUCAGAAUAUUUUACUGAUGCAGAUAAAAGAAAACUAGAAUCUGAUUUUGGCUCAAGCAGGACACACUAUGUAAACUUAGUGACCGUUUUGGAGGAAGAAAGAAAGCAUGAUCAUGGGCCAAUAAUAAUACCAUGUGGUGCACCAACACAACAGUUUACACCACCAAAGGUUGACAUGAAUUUCCAACAGGAGCUCCAAAAGAUACGUCGCCGUCUGGAACAGAAUGAGUAUAAAAUGAUGCAAAAAGUACAUCUCCUCAUUGAUUCUGAUGCACACAUGGACUUUGCACAAAGGAUGUCUGAGUUGGUGAUUGCUCAAGAUGAGUUGAAUACAAUAGAUGAUGACUUUGUCAGCCUACAGAAAAGAUGGUACAACUCACCCAAUGUGUCAAGUGAGUCAAGAGGAUACUUUGAAACAGAAUUUGGUCUGAUCGGCCAGAGACUGAAGAAUGGCAGUGAUUUUUCGUCUGCCUAUUUAGAGAGAAUGAAAGCCUUGAAGUUACUCUUCCAAAAUAUUCUUGAGGCAGAGGAUGUGAUAAAAGUUUAUGAAGCAAGAUUAACUGAAGAGGAAACAGUCCCGAUGAGUUUGGAUAAAAUAGAGUCAUACAGAAACACUCUGAGGAAAAUGAAGAGUGAACUGGAUCAGAAGAAGAACUUAAUUAUGACAAUGCAGCAAAAUAUGCAGGAAUCCCUUCGGAUCAAUGAUGACAUCAUGCCAUCUUUCUACAAGUGUGAUAUAGACCUCACUAAAUACAAUGAAAAAGUCAUGCAACUAUCUGACCGAUGGCAGAGAAUUAACAAAGAAAUUGACAGCAGAUACUUGGACCUAGACAAGGAAUAUAGGCAACUAAAAGACUAUAGAGAUUUGUUUCAGAAUCUGAGCAAAUGGAUUGAUGUAACAAAACAGAAACAGGAUGGGUUGCAGGUCAAUAGAUUUGGGGACGCAAAUGCAAUUGUGGAUCAGCUAAAUGAGCAGAAGAAGUUAUACGCUGAAAUAAAGGGCAAAAGAGGCAAUGUUGAAGAAUACCAAAAACAUGCAGAUCUAUGUGCAACAUCGGUAAAGGAUUAUGAGCUGCAACUGGCAUCAUACAGUGCUGGUCUGGAAACACUGCUCAAUAUUCCAGUCAAGAGGCAGCUGGCACAGUCAAUUUCCAAUAAAAUUCUUCACGAGUCUGCAGAUCUACAGUCUCGUUACAUAGAACUUCUUACGCGAUCUGGUGACUAUUAUAAGUAUCUAAGUGAGAUGCUGAAGAACAUGGAAGAAGUAAAGAUAAAAAACACAAAAAUAGAACUUUUGGAAGAGGCACUUAAACAUGCCCAAGAUGAGAAUGCUGAUAGUGUUCAGCAGAAGAGGUUUCUUGAUCAGCAUUUGAACCAAGUUCAAACUGAGUAUGCAGACUUCAGGAAAAGAAUUAUGGUCCUAGAGGAGCAGAAGAGAAAUGCUGAAUUGGAUCGUGAUACCAUGAAGCAGAGGGAGGACGCAUACCUUCUCCAAAUAAAAGAAAUCAAUGAGAAGAUUACAAAAUUGACAUUUGAAAUUGAUGAGGAAAGAAGGAAGAGAAAAGCAGCUGAAAAUUUCUAUGAUCAGCAAAAGAAUGAACAUGACAGUGCUUUCCGAAUUAAACAAAAGGAACUGGAUGAAAUAGUGUUGAUAAAACUGCAGAUUGAGAAAUCAAUUAAAGACAAAGAGAGAGAGUUAGAAAGGCUUAAGAAUGCAUUUCAGGAAGAGUCUUUGAAAAGGAGGCAGUUUGAAGGUGAACUAGAUGAGCUUAGAGUCAAGUAUGAGCAGGAAAACAGAACGUUGAAGUCACACAUUGAAAGAGAGGUUCAUGAAAGAGAAAAAACAGUUGAAAGGUUAACUAUAAAAAAGGAAGAUGAUAUUGCAACUUUGAAAAUUCAAUUGGAGAAAGCUUUGAACGAGAAACGGAAUCUCAUGGAAGAAAUGGAACGAUUAAGAAACUCUAUCAAAGAAACGGAAUUCAGUAGAAAAAAGGCAGAAAAUGAUUCUUUGCAACAGAAGUCAGCUUGUAUUGAGGAAUCUAGGAGGAGACAGGAACUUGAAAUAGAAAUUCAAACACUCACAAAACUUAAAACUGAUGAAACACUGAGGCUCAAAUCACUUCAGGAGGAUACCUCCAAGGCUAUCCAAGACAAAGGAAAGGAAAUUGAAAAGCUAAGAAUUUUACUAGAGGAAGAAGUCAAUAAACGAAAACGAUUAGAAAAUGAAAAUGAUAAAUUAAAACAACAGCAAAUUGAUUUUCAGAAGAAGGACACAGAAAAACUUACCAAACUUAAAACUACAGAACAAGAGAUUAGAGUCGUAAAAGUCGAACAUGAGAAAAUUUCCAGAGAAAGAUCUAAGUUGGAACAAGAAGUUGAGCGGCUGCAGAACAAUAUCAGAGAAGCAAACAAUACUAAAUAUAAAACUGAUGAGGAACUAAUGCAACUAAGGAGGAAUAUAUUUGAAGAAUCUUCAAAGCGAAAGAGGGCUGAAGAAGAGCUUGAGCAUCUUGAAAAAAAAUGCAAGGAUCAUACACUGUCAAUUACUCGGCUCACACAACAAAUUGAGCAUAUCUCAGCCAUGAAGAAAAAAGUUGAAAAUGAUCUGUCUGAACAGCAGAAAGCUUUUGACCAACAGCUGAAAGAGAAGAAUAUUAGCACAGGAGAAUUAAAUAGACUGUAUGCUGAUGUAGAAACAUUGCGUCGCCAGUUGAGUCAAGAACAAGAAAAUACAAGACAGGCUAGUCAGAGAUAUGAACAUUUCCAAAAAGCUAUUGAAGAAAAAACCAAGGCUUUGAAUGAGAGUCUAAGUGAAAUAGAUAGACUGCGUUCAGUCGUAGAAAAUCUCACAAAAGAACGACUGAAGCUGGAAGAGGAAUUAAGAAAUUUGAAGUCAAAUUUUGAUGAUUUUAAGAGAAUCCAAGAUGAUGCAGGAAGUGAUAAGUCAAGAACCAUCUCUGAACUGCAGCUGCAACUUGAACUAACAAACAAAAGAACCACUGAUCUUCAAGGCUUAAUUAAUGAGUUAAAGAAUGAAAGGGAAAAAUUGAGACUGGAAGUUGAAACAUUCCAAAAGCAGGCUCUAGAGGCGACUAAUAUGAUUCAGCAGACACAUUCUGCUCAAAAAGAAAUUUUGCAAGAAAAGGAGUCUCUCCUACUGAAAAUCAAGCUGUUAGAGCAGGAUAAAUCAAGACUUCAACGGUACGAAGAUGACUUAGGUCGAAUAAAGGCACAAUUAGAAGCCGAAUCCCGCUUGAAGCAACGACUUCAGGAUGAAAUUGAUGCAGUUAAAUCUGAUCUAAGUUACUGGAAGAAUCAAGCAGAAAUAUGGCAGCUAGAAAAGGGAAAAACCAGUAGUGAAUUUGAGCAGUUGAAAGCUGAAAUUGACAGAUUGAAGACAGAGCUGAGAAUGACCGAAGAAAGGUAUAGACAGAAACUUGAGGACAGUGAAAGAGCAAAGAGAUCUGAACUGGAAGCAUUGCGUGCUAAAACUAAAUUAGAAAUUGAAAAACUCAGUCAAGAAGUAGAAACAUUCAAUAAACACACUCAGACAGAUAAUAUAGUUACAGUUGAUUCUUCAAAACUUGUAUUUGAUGGAGUCCGUAAAAAGGUCACAGCAAAUCAGUUGUAUGAUUGUCAACUUAUUGAUAAAUCAACUAUAGAUCAGCUAUUAAGAGGACAGAAAACAACUGUUGAUGUUUCAGAUGAAAUUAAAUUGAAUCUUCGUGGGUUGGAGAACAUAGCUGGAGUCUACUCACAGAAAAAUGGCGAAAAACUUUCUAUGUCAGAAGCAACAAAAAGGAAUAUUCUUACUCCUGAUGUGGCCUUGACACUUUUAGAAGCACAGGCAGCUACUGGAUAUAUCAUUGAUCCAAACAAAAACAAGAAGAUGACAGUGGAUGAAGCUGUAGCUGUGGGCCUUGUCGACUAUAAAGACCGAGACAAACUUCUGGCAGCAGAGAAGGCUGCAACUGGGUUUAAAGACCCUUUUACAGGAAAGGUUAUCUCCCUGUAUGAAGCAAUGAAGAAAGAUAUCGUUGACCGAGAGACAGGCCUUCGUUUGUUUGCGGCGCAAAUUGCAGCAGGUGGAAUAAUUGAUUCGGUGAACAGCGUAUAUCUGCCAAAAGAGCUUGCAUAUAAACGGGGUUUGAUUGAUGCAGAAAUGUAUCAAACACUUGCCUCUCCUUUUGAUGACUCAAAAAUUUUUGUUGAUCCAAAUACAAAGACAAAAGUUUCGUACCAACAAUUAAAGUUGGCCUGCAGAACAGAUCCUGGAACAGACUUGCUUCUUUUACCAGUGGAAAAGCAUGAAAUAACAUUACCAGGGAUUAGAGCGGAUGUGCCAGUAGACAGUCUUGUGGAUGCCAAGGUUAUAGAUAAAACUACAGCUGCUGCUCUUAAGCAUGGAAGCAUAACAGUAGAUGAAAUCAGCAGCAAGUGUAGAAGUUACCUGCAAGGCAACCCGAGCAUUUCAGGAGUGUACAUUGAAGCCACAAAGGAGAAGCUUCCAAUCUAUCAUGCCAUGAAGAAAGGCUUGCUUAGACAGGGCACAGCUCUUGAGCUUCUGGAAGCUCAGGCUGCCACAGGCUUUAUAAUUGAUCCAGUCAAUAAUGAAAAGCUGACAGUUGAGGAUGCUGCUGCAAAAGGAAUUAUAGGUCGAGAAUUCAAAAGUAAACUUCUUUCAGCUGAAAGGGCUGUUACCGGUUAUAGAGAUCCAGAAACUGGGAACAUCAUCUCAUUGUUUCAAGCAAUGAGAAAAGACCUGAUCGAACACAGUCAUGGUAUUCGCUUGCUGGAAGCUCAAAUUGCAACCGGAGGAAUUAUUGAUCCAAAACAAAGCCAUCGUUUGCCAGUUGAUGUUGCUUACAAACGUAAUUAUUUUGAUGAAGAAUUGAAUGAAAUCUUGAUGGAUCCAGGUGAUGAUACCAAAGGCUUCUUUGAUCCUAACACCGAAGAAAAUCUGACCUAUCUUCAGUUAAUCGACCGGUGCAUUACUGACAAAUCCACAGGCCUUUGUUUGUUGCCACUGAGAGAAAAGAAAAAGGAAUCCAAAACCACCAGGUCAUCUGCAGUGAGGAAACGUAGAGUUGUUAUUGUAGAUCCUGAUACAAAUCAAGAAAUGACAGUACGUGAGGCCUACCACAAAGACUUGAUUGAUUACGAGACUUUUCUAGAACUUUCUGAACAGGAAGCAGAGUGGGAAGAAAUAACAAUAACAGGAUCAGAUGGAAUCAGAAGGACAGUUAUUGUUGACAGAAAAACUGGUAAUCAGUAUGACAUUGAAGAGUCUUUAAAGAAAGGUUUAAUUGAUAAGAAGAGUGUUGAUGACUACCGCUCUGGAAGUAUGACACUUACGCAAUUUGCGGAUAUGUUCACCAAUAAGAUUAAUAUCAGCGCAUACAAUGGAUGUGCGACAAAUAGUUUGACAAACCUAAGCCCAUGUCAAUCCCCAAGUAUUAAAAUAACAUCUUUUGAAUCUUCAGAUGAUGCCACUCCAAUUGCAGCUAUAUUUGAUAUUGAAACAUUGGAAAAGAUAACAAUUUCUGAAGCCAUGCGUCGCAAUAUUGUUGAUGCUAUUACAGGGCAGAGAUUGUUAGAAGCCCAGGCCUGUACAGGAGGUAUAAUAAAUCCUGGAACUGGUCAAAAACUGCUCAUUCAGGAAGCUGUUGCUCAGGCUAUUAUUGAUGAAGACAUGGGAAAGAGAUUAAAGCCAGCACAAAAAGCAUAUAUUGGUUUUGAAGAUGUGAAGAGCAAAAAAAGGCUCUCUGCGGUAGAAGCAAUGCAAGAAAAUUGGUUACCAUAUGAAGCUGGGCAACGCUUCCUUGAAUAUCAGAUGUGUACAGGUGGGCUCGUGGUGCCAAAUGUUUCAGGACGAAUCACUGUUGAUGAAGCAGUAAGAAAAGGCUUCAUUGGUGCCAAAACAGCUGAGAAACUGAAAGACACCAGUAGCCAUUCAAAAGGCCUAACCUGUCCCAAAACAAAAUUGAAGAUUUCAUAUAAAGAGGCAAUUGAUCGAUCUAUGGUUGAAGAUAAAACUGGCCUACGGAUGUUGGAAGCUGCAUCAUUUUCUACAAAAGGCAUUAACAGUCCUUAUAAUGCAGGUGGAUUCUCUGGACCAAAUUCCCGUUCAGGUUCUCGUUCAGGUUCGCGAAGUGGGUCGAGAAGGGGAAGUUUUGAUGCCACUUCAUACAGUGUGUCUGUCAGUACACACACAACCCAUUUGAGCACUUCCAUGCACUAAUUGUUUGCUACAAAUUUCUAAACAACAUGGAUUUUCAAAAUUUGUUGAAAAUCCAAAGUUUUACUUUUAUUUUCAGAUUUUUUUAUUCCACACUCGUGUCCUGUUAAGAUCAGCACCUGUUACAUACAGAGAAGAUUUAAUUUGUAUUAUGUUUAUUAAUCAAUAUCCCAAGAUUUCAAAUAAUAAACAAUUAACUUAGGUUAGCUUGUCAGCGGAGGUGAGGUGUCAGGAGAUUGCCCACUUGUUUGCAUUACCAAAAACAUGGCGCUAUUAGAGCUCAAGAUGCUAUAAGACACUGAUGGCCCAACCCACAUUCAAAAUUAAAGACUACAGCUGACAAUGACACAGAAGUUCAAUUCCUGUCACACGCAUCCCCAGAUGCCAUAAUAACUCUCAUACCCUUGAUAUUUAUAUGGGAAUAAUGAGUUUAUAGGUUAUAGGACAUUAAUUAAUACUUAGUAAUUGUAUAGUAAAGUAUCUGGCUCCUUGGAUGGAUAAUACCUGAAGACUGUAAUAUAAAGGCAAAAUAUUGAUGCUGGAAAACUAAAUUGAAAGCAUAGUAUUGAAAAUACUGAGAGACUGGGAAGGGAAGGUAAGGUUCAGGUUUCGAGGCAAGUGUGACACUUUGUCAGAAUAGAUUGUGAGCUGUAUUCUGAAGAGGAGCCCCAUUCACUUUAGGGGCCUGAGCUCUCCUCUCACUCUGUGUGCUGCCUGACCUGAGUGGUUCUAUCACUUUCUAGUAAUAGGGGCUACAAUUUCAAACUUAGGGUUUUCCCAUUUAAAAUAGAGAUGAGAAAGACUUUCCUUCUGAGAGUAUUUGGAAUUCUCUUCCACAUAUAGCAGUGAAGGCUAGGUCAUUGUCUAACUCAGCCUUGAGCAUAUUCAGAGUUUUUAAUCAAUCGGAGGGUCCAGUGUUAAAGUGAUAGGGAGAAAAAUGGAGUUAACACCAAAUUCGCAUUGGCCCACUUUCCUUAUAGCUCAUGGGCUUCAGUAUGAAACCUAUUGAAGAGAUUCUUUUACAUUGUUAAUGCUGUGUAUUAUAUAGCUGAUUCAAAAUGCCUUAGGUUUGUGCCAAUGAAGAGAAACAGUUUGAAAAUGUUAAUUCUUCAUGGGAAUUUAUUGUGUAGCACUGAGUUUACUCUGCAUUCAAAGGUUUCUGUACAUGAAGAACAUAAGUUGUUUAAGGGGCUUCACUGGAAUGAAUGUAAUCUCAUAACUGCCUUGUAAUAGGACGUUUUGAGUAGUGGGGCAGAGGAAAUCAUUUUUAAAAUCAUAAUUUUUAAUUAAUAUUCAUUACAUGGAUUUUCUGACCACGAGCUAACUAAAAUAAAUACUCAUCAGUUUGUAUGCAUGCUAAAAUUUAAGAUUGUAUUCUUACUUUUCUUUUAUUAAUAAAGUUUCAUAAUUUCAUCA